GUCUGGCUGGAGUAGCCCCUCCAGAGCAGCCUUUGGAAGCGGGAGUGGGCGGCGCUCCAGCCGGCGAGUUCCAAGCAGGCGGGGAAGGGACCGACUUGCAGCCUUCGCUCUCCCGGCGCUGAAACUCAACAGCCGCGCGCUUUGCCUGGACAUGUCUUGAAAAACUUGGAUCUUGUCCCGCCCCUCUCAACUUGCUGGGGUUUUUUUCCCCCCUCUCCUUUUGAACCGGAUGGGUUCAACCCGGCAGGCAGCCACCUGGAGAUGGAGCGAAGCGGGCGAUCUCUCGGGCGCUGGAAGAGACGGAGCCAAGUUGGUCUUUGGUUUAUGCGAGUCCUUUGAACCCGGGUCUGUUGGAAUGGACUGAAGCAAAAGGAAUCUAGAUGUAAGCAAGAAAAGCGAGGUUGCACCCAGCUGGCCUGGUUGAUUUUUGGUGAUUGCUUCUAUGAAGAGCCAUUUGACCAUGUUGCUGUUGUUGUCCCUACUGCUGCUUGUGCAGGAUUUUGAACAAUGUGAAGGAACCCUGACACAAUAUCAUGCACUGCCAAUGCAAUUCACACAAGUUCAUUACAAUGCCACAGUAUAUGAAAACUCUGCAGCUAAGACUUAUGUUGGGCAUCCAAUAAAAAUGGGCAUUUACAUUACUAGCUCCCUGUGGGAUAUAAAAUACAAAAUUAUUUCUGGGGAUAGUGAGAACUUGUUUAAAGCUGAAGAAUACGUUUUGGGGGAUUUUUGCUUCUUACGAAUUCGGACCAAGGGAGGGAAUACUGCUAUACUUAACAGAGAAGUAAAAGACAAUUACAUAUUAACUAUAAAAGCAAUAGAGAAAAAUACAAAUGCAGAAGCUCUCACAAACGUCAGAGUGCAAGUAUUGGAUACAAAUGACUUAAGGCCUUUAUUUUCUCCAACUUCUUACAGUGUUUCGUUAUCAGAAAAUACAGCAAUAAGGACCAGUAUUGCCAAAGUCAGUGCAACCGAUGCAGAUAUUGGAACCAAUGGAGAGUUUUAUUACAGUUUUAAGGAGAGGACAGACAUGUUUGCAAUUCAUCCAACAAGUGGGGUGGUCAUUCUGACUGGCAGACUUGACUAUUCAGAAACAAAAGUUUAUGAGUUGGAAAUCCUUGCCGUGGAUCGUGGUAUGAAAUUGUACGGCAGCAGUGGGAUUAGUAGCAUGGCGAAAUUGACAAUUCAUGUAGAACAAGCUAACGAACAUGCACCAGUCAUAACAGCCCUUGCUUUGACUCCUUCAGAGCUGGAUAAGGAUCCAGCAUAUGCAAUUAUAACUGUGGAGGACAAAGAUUAUGGUUUAAAUGGAGAGGUAGCAUCUCUAAGUAUUGUAGCAGGUGAUCCACUUCAGCAGUUCAAAGCUGUAAGAACCGUCCCAGGAGGAAAAGAAUAUAAAAUCAAAGCAAUCGGCAGUGUUGAUUGGGAGAGCCAACCCUUUGGUUUUAAUCUUACACUGCAGGCUAAAGAUAAAGGAAACCCUCCAAAGUUUUCCUCUGUGAAAGCAAUUCAUCUGCCUUCUCCCCAGUUUAGGUCUGGAGAAGCACAGUUUGAAAGAGUAGUUUAUAGAGCUGAAAUAAGUGAAUUUGCUCCACCGAACACACCUGUGGUUAUGGUAAAAGCAUUGCCUACUUCUCCCUACAUAAAAUAUUUGUUUGCAAAUGCACCAAGCAAAGCUCAGUUCAGUUUGAAUCCUCACACUGGCCUUAUUACUAUUCUAGAUGCCAUAAAAGCUGAACAUGCAGCUCAUUUUGAAUUUGACAUAAUGACAAGCGAUAAAAAAGCAUCUACAAAAGUAUUCAUUAAGGUUAUAAAUGUGAAUACUCAUCCUCCAGAAUUUACUAAGACAUCGUAUAAAGCUUCUUUUAAUGAGAAUGUCCCUAUAGGGACAAGUGUUAUGAGUGUGAGUGCAAACGAUCCUGAUGAAGGUGAAAAUGGCUAUGUCACAUAUAGCAUUGCAAAUAUAAACCCUGUUCCUUUUGAGAUAAACCACUUCACUGGUGUGGUUACCACCUCUGAAACUAUGGAUUAUGAAUUGAUGCCAAGAAUUUAUAAAUUAAGAAUUAGAGCAUCUGACUGGGGCACCCCCUAUCGCAGAGAAGUUGAAGUCCCUGUUACAAUAGUUUUAAAUAAUUUGAAUGAUAAUACUCCUCUCUUUGAGAAAAUAAACUGUGAGGGAACAAUUCCCAGGGAACUUGGUGUGGGAGAGCAAAUAACUACUGUGUCCGCUAUUGAUGCUGAUGAGCUCCAGUUAGUACAGUACCAAAUAGAAUCUGGAAAUGAAUUAGAUUUAUUUAGUUUGAAUCCAAAUUCUGGGGUUCUUUUCCUGAAACAAUCACUAGGAGAUGGCUUAAGUUUAAGAACAUCUUUUCAUAGUUUGAAAAUAACUGCUACAGAUGGAGAAAAUUUUGCAGCACCCUUAUUUAUUAACAUUACUGUAGUUACCAGCCGCAAACCAGUGAGCUUACAAUGUGAAGAGACUGGUGUGGCCAAAAUAUUGGCAGAAAAACUCUUGCAAGCAAAUAAGCUACAUGGUCGUGUUGAAGUAGAGGAUACUUUUUUUGAUACACAUACAAUGAACUUGCAUGCACCUCAGUUUGAAAGUGGCCUUCCCAGGAGCAUUGAAGUAAAAGAAGAUCAGCCUGUAGAUUUUACCAUCAUGUUUUUGAAUGCAACUGAUCUUGACACUGGUUUCAAUGGGAAGUUAGUCUAUUCUAUUUCUGGAGGUAAUAAUGACAGCAGUUUUAUCGUUGGAAUGGAAACAGGAAUGCUAACCAUCUUGUCUCCUCUUGACAGAGAAGUAAGGGAUAAAUACACUUUGAACAUUACCGUUUAUGAUCUUGGCAUACCACAGAAGUCCAACUGGCGUCUUUUAAAUAUCAGAGUUGUUGAUGCCAAUGACAAUCCUCCAGAAUUUUUACAGGAUAGUUAUUUUGUUGAUGUAAGUGAAAACAAAGAACUGAAUACAGAAAUAAUACAGAUAGAAGCCAUAGAUAAAGACUUAGGCACCAAUGGUGAAGUGAGGUACGCACUUCUUACAGAUACAAAUAAGUUUUCUAUUGACAGUGUUACUGGAAUUGUAAAAGUUUCAGGACUUUUAGAUCGUGAACUUCAAGCAGUGUAUUUCUUAAAAAUAGAAGCUAGGGACCAAGCUAAAGAGUCACCACAGUUGUCUUCAACAGUUCUAUUAAAAGUAUUUUUGGAAGAUGUUAAUGACAAUCCUCCAAAAUUUGUUCCUGCAAAUUAUCGAGUGAAAAUCCGAGAAGAUCUUCCUGAAGGAACUAUUGUCAUGUGGCUAGAAACCUAUGAUCCCGACGUAGGUCAAGCAAGCCAAGUAAGGUACAGCCUUUUGGAUGGUGGAAAUGGAAGUUUCGAUGUAGAUAAACUCAAUGGAGCAAUCCGUAUUGUGCAAGGACUGGAUUUUGAGAGGAAACAAAUUUAUAAUCUAACAGUGCGGGCUAAAGAUAAAGGAAAACCCACUUCAUUGUCUUCUACCUGUUAUGUUGAAAUUGAAAUAGUUGAUGUAAAUGAAAAUCAGCACCCACCACGUUUUCCUAAUUUUGUGGAUAAAAGUUUUGUAAGUGAAGAUGUUCCCAUUGGUACUUCAGUAAUGACUGCAUCUGCUUAUGAUGAGGAUACAGGAAGAGAUGGUGAAAUCAGAUACUCAAUAAGGAAUGGAUCUGGUGUUGGAAUCUUCAGAAUAGAUGAAGAAAAAGGUACAAUAUUCACUGUUGAUCGGCUUGAUCGAGAGACUACUUCUCACUACUGGCUAACAGUUUAUGCAACUGACCAAGGGGUUAUUCCUCUGUCUUCCUUCACUGAAAUCUACGUAGAAGUCGAGGAUAUUAAUGACAAUGCUCCACAAACUACUCAGCCCGUUUAUUACCCAGAAGUUAUGGAAAACUCACCCAAGGAUAUUUCAGUCAUCCAGAUUGAAGCCUUUGAUUUGGAUUCAAGCUCUAAUGAAAAGCUCACUUACAAGAUUAGUAGUGGAAAUCCACAAGGAUUCUUUCACAUAAAUCCUAAAACUGGUCUAAUUACAACAACUUCAAGAAAACUUGACCGAGAACAGCAAGCAGAACAUAUAUUAGAGGUAACUGUGAUAGACAAUGGUAUACCAGCAGAAUCAACACUUACCCGGGUCAUUGUGAAAAUUUUAGAUGAAAAUGAUAAUCGACCUCAAUUCUUGCAAAAAUUUUAUCAAAUCAAACUGUCUGAACGUGAAAAACCAGAGAGAGAAAGAACAGCAAGAAAAGAACCAAUCUACCGUGUGGUGGCUGCAGACAAAGAUGAAGGUCCCAAUGCAGAAAUAUCUUACAAAAUUGAGGAUGGCAAUGAGCAUGGGAAAUUUUUUAUUGACCCAAUAACUGGUGUUGUCUCAUCUAAGAAAUACUCUGGAGCUGGAGAAUAUGACAUUCUUACAAUCAAGGCUGUGGAUAAUGGCCGGCCACAAAAGUCAUCAACAGCCCGUCUUCAUAUAGAAUGGAUCUCAAAACCCACUCCAUCUUCUGAACCCAUUUCUUUUGAAGAAUCAUUUUUUUCUUUUACGGUCAUGGAAAGUGAUCCAGUAGCUCACAUGAUUGGUGUAAUAGGCAUAGAACCACUGGGUACUCCACUUUGGUUUGAUAUUACAGGUGGCAACCCUGACAGCCGCUUUGAUGUGGACAAGGGCACAGGAACAAUGGUUGUCGCUAAACCUCUUGAUGCAGAACAGAAAUCAAAUUACAAUUUAACAGUAGAAGCAACAGAUGGAACUAGGACUAUUAGUACUCAGGUGUACAUUAACGUAAUAGAUACAAAUGAUCACAGACCAGAAUUUUCUCUGUUAGAAUACCAAGUCGUUAUAGCAGAAGACAUUUUGCCAGAGACAGAAAUUUUGCAAGUCAGUGCCUCAGACAGAGAUGAGAAGAAUAAGCUAACUUAUACUAUGCAAAGCAGCAUGGAUCCUACCAGCCUUAGGAAAUUUCGCCUUGAUCCUGUAACUGGCUCACUUUAUACUGUUGAAAAGUUGGAUCAUGAAGUCAUCCAUCAACAUGUUCUCACAAUCAUGGUACGAGAUCAAGAUGUUCCUGUCAAGCGCAACUUUGCUAGAAUCAUCAUUAAUGUUAGUGACACGAAUGAUCAUGCUCCAUAUUUCACCAGUGCUUCUUAUGAAGGCCAAGUGUAUGAGUCAGCAGCUGUGGGAUCCAUGGUGGUUCAAGUUACAGCAUUAGAUAAGGAUAAAGGGGAAAAUGCAGAAAUCAUAUACUCUAUAGAAUCAGGAAAUAUUAGGAAUGCUUUCAAUAUUGAUCCAGUCUUGGGUAGUAUUAUUACUGCAAAAGAAUUGGAUCUCAGGAUCCAGGAUGAGUACACUUUGAUGGUGAAAGCAACAGAUAAAGGGAUCCCCCCAAUGAAUGAAGUCACAGCUGUGCACAUUUCAGUCACAAUCUCUGACAAUGCAUUGCCCAAGUUUUCCUCCCAAGAAUAUUCUGCAGAAAUCAGUGAAAACAGUAGCAUUGGCAGCUUCAUCAUCAUGGUUAUUGCAUAUAGCCAGUCAUCUGUAAUCUAUGAAAUAAAAGAGGGUAACAUAGAUGAUGCCUUCACUAUUAACUCACAUUCUGGUGUUAUCGCCUCUCAGAAGAUUCUUGAUUUUGAAACCUUGCCUUUUUAUAGUCUUAUUGUUCAGGGAACCAAUAUGGCUGGCCAGUCCACUAACACCUCUGUACUGGUGCAUCUUCGAGAUGAGAAUGAUAAUGCACCAACUUUUUUGCAAUCAGAAUACACAGGACUCAUCAGUGAAUCUGCUUCGAUUAACAGUGUGGUUCUAACAGAGAGGAAUAUGCCAUUAGUGAUUCGAGCUACAGAUGCUGACAAAGAAUCAAAUGCGUUACUUGUCUAUCAGAUUGUUGAGCCAUCUGCCCACAAAUAUUUUGCCAUUGAUUCUAGUACAGGAGCCAUUCGUACAGUAAUGACCUUGGAUUAUGAAGAAACCAAUAUUUUUCACUUCUCUGUACAGGUAUAUGAUAUGGGAAUACCACGCUUAUCUGCAGAACAUGCAGCUAAUGUUACCAUUUCCGUAAUUGACAUCAAUGAUUGUCCUCCAGUGUUCUCUAAAGAUCUGUAUGAAGCAACUCUUCUAGUGCCAACAUAUAAAGGAGUAAAAGUUGUUACAGUAAACGCAAAUGAUCCAGAUUCAGAAGCCUUCUCACAACUCAUGUAUUCUAUCACUGAAGGCAAUAUUGGAGAAAAAUUUUCAAUCAAUUCCAAGUCUGGGUGGAUAACUGUACAAAAUACAACUCAGCUAAGAAGCCGGUAUGAAUUGACAAUCAGAGCAUCGGAUGGCAGAUUUUCAACCACUACAUCUGUCAAAAUUAAUGUAAAAGAGAGCAAGGCAAAUCAGCUGAAAUUUACACGAAGUUCCUAUAAUGCUGUGGUCCAGGAAAAUUCCACAGAAGUGAGAACAGUAGCAGUCAUUACUGCUAUAGGAAAUCAAAUAAAUGAACCUUUGUUCUAUCAGAUUCUAAAUCCAAAUAAUCAAUUUAAAAUCAGUUAUACUUCUGGAAUUCUUUCAACCACUGGAAUACCAUUUGACCGCGAGCAACAGGAAUCAUUUGAUAUUGUGGUACAAGUGACUGCAGAACAUAAUCCAUCCAUAAUUGUACACCUUGUGGUAAAGGUCACUAUAGAAGACAUAAAUGAUAAUGUCCCUGUCUUCGUCAAUCUUCCAUAUUAUGCCACUGUUAAAAUAGAUACUGAAGUUGGUGAAGUGAUUCACUAUGUCACUGCUGUAGACCAUGAUAUUGGUAGAAAUGGUGAAAUACAGUAUUACUUCAAGGAAUACAGUGACCAAUUCCAAAUAGGGGAAACUGGUGAAAUCACACUCAAGAAACAGUUUGAUCCAGAAACACUAAACAAAGAGUAUCGUCUUACUGUGGUAGCCCAGGAUAAAGGAGAACCAAGUUUAUUUGCUGAAGUAACAGUUCCAAUCACUGUGGUAAAUAAAGCCAUGCCCAUAUUUGAAAAAACUUUCUACAGUGCAGAGAUACCCGAAAAUAUCCCAGUCCAUAGUCCAGUGGUUCACGUGCAAGCAUAUAGUCCAGAAGGACUGAAAGUCUUUUACAGCAUUACAGAUGGUGAUCCUUUUGAUCAAUUUAAUAUCAACUUCAAUACUGGAGUUCUCAAUGUUAUUGCCCCCUUAGAUUUUGAGGCCCAUCCUGCUUACAAAUUGAGCAUCCGGGCUACUGAUUCAUUGACGGGGGCCCAUGCUGAAGUAUUUGUGGAUAUAAUAAUUGAAGACAUCAAUGAUAAUCCUCCUGUCUUCAUAGAGCAAAGAUACACUGCCACCAUUUCUGAGGCAUCUGUAAUUGGAACAUCUGUUGUACAUGUCAGGGCCACUGAUGCUGAUUCUGGAGCAAACAGAAAGGUUUCUUACCACUUGGUAGGCAACAUUAGCAAGAACAAUGAUUAUUUUGUUAUAGAUAGUACAGGGCUCAUUCUGAUAGCAAAGAACUUGGAUUUUGAACAAGCUCGACAACACACAUUGUUGAUAAAAGCAAUAGACAGUGGAAUGCCUCCACUGAGCAGUGACGUCGUUGUAACUGUUGAUAUAACAGACCUGAAUGAUAACCCACCAGUAUUUAACCAGCUGCUUUAUGAAGCUAAUAUCAGUGAAUUGGCUUCCCAUGGGCACUUUGUAACAUGUGUAAAAGCCUCCGAUCCAGACAGUUCAGAUUCAGAAAAGCUUAAAUAUUCCAUACUAACAGGCAAUGAUAACAUGCAUUUUGUUAUUGAUAGCAAUACUGGGAUUAUCACUCUUUCAAACAUAUAUAAACAGACUAUGAAAUCAGUUUAUCAUCUCAAUAUAUCUGUCUCUGAUGGAGUCUUCAGAAGUUCAGCUCAGGUUCACAUAAAUGUAAUUGGAGCCAAUUUGCAUAGUCCUAUGUUCAGUCAGAAUGAAUAUGAGGUGGAACUAGCUGAAAAUGCUCCAUUGCAUACCCUGGUGACUGAAGUCAAAGCUACAGACAAAGAUACUGGCAGUUAUGGGUCUGUAACAUACCAUAUUAUGAAUGAAUUUGCAAAAGACAGAUUUUAUACUAAUGAGAGGGGGCAAAUAUUUACUUUGGAAAUACUUGAUCGUGAAACUCAAGCUGAAAAGGUCAUCUUUAUUAGGUUCAUGGCUAAGGAUGCUGGGGGAAAAGUGGCAUUCUGCAGCAUCAAUGUCAUACUUACCGAUGUUAAUGAUAAUGUUCCUCUGUUCCGAGCAACUGAGUAUGAAGUUAAUAUUGGAUCCGAUGUUCCAAGAGGUACAUCUGUUAUCAAAGUCUUGGCUUCCGAUGCUGAUGAAGGUUCCAAUGCAGAUAUCACUUACACAAUUGAAGCAAAUUCUGAACAUGUUCAGGAGAAUUUAGAAAUUAAUCAUUUGACUGGAGUAAUAACCACAAAAGAAAGCUUAAUUGGGUUAGAAAAUCAGUUUCUUACAUUUUUUGUUAGAGCAAUGGAUGGUGGAUCUCCACAAAAGGAUUCUAGUGUCCCUCUAUAUGUUAGAAUACUCUCUCCUGAAAUACGUUUGCCAAAAUUUUCAGAACCAUUUUAUUCUUACAUUCUUUCUGAAGAUACUCCUAUUGGGACUGAAAUUGAUAUUAUACGAGCAGAACACACCCAUACCUUGUUAUAUAGUCUUGUUAAAGGAUAUACACCUGAAAGAAAUAAAGAUGAUUGUUUUGUGAUAGACAAGCAUAAUGGAAGGCUAAAAGUUGAAAAAACUCUGGAUCAUGAGGUAACUAAAUGGUACCAGUUCUCAGUGCUUGCAUAUUUUAUGAAUGAAAAUUAUAAAGUUGUCUCUUCUGUAGACAUAAGUAUUCAAAUCAAAGAUACAAAUGAUAAUGCACCAAUCUUUGAAGCCAAUCCUUAUGAAGUAUAUUUAGUAGAAAAUAUGCCAGCUGGAUCAAAAGUCAUACGGGUAAAAGCAAUGGACCAGGAUUCUGGGAACAACGGACAAAUUACUUACAAGCUGGAGCCAACCCAGGAUACUGAAAUCCUGGAGUCUUUUGGCAUAAAUCUGGAAACUGGCUGGAUUACCACUCUAAGAGAGCUUGACCAAGAAAAGCAAGACAAAUACCAAAUUAUUGCGAUGGCAUCUGACCGUGCUGAAAAAAUGCAGUUGUCCUCCACCACCGUUGUGAAAGUUUAUGUAGCUGAUGUGAAUGACAGCCCUCCUCACUUUACUGCAGAGAUUUAUAAAGGAACAGUCAGUGAAGAUGAUCCAGUUGGAGGAGUAGUUGCUAUAAUAAGCACUACGGAUGCUGAUUCAGAAUAUUCUAAUAGACAAGUCAACUAUUUUAUUACUGGAGGUGAUCCAUUGGACCAGUUUGCUGUAGAAAAUAUACAGAAUGAAUGGAAAGUUUAUGUCAAGAAGCCAUUGGACAGAGAAGUAAAAGAUAAUUACCUUCUAAAUAUCACAGCUACUGAUGGGAUGUUUGCUGCUAAAGCAGUGGUAGAAGUAAAAGUCCUUGAUUCAAACGACAACAGCCCAGUUUGUGAAAAGGCCUUGUAUACAGACACUGUUCCAGAAGAUUCCCCACCAGGCAAAUUCAUCAUGCAAGUCAUGGCCACAGAUGCAGAUAUUCGUUCCAAUGCAGAAAUAACUUAUACAUUAUAUGGUGCUGGCGCAGAAGAAUUCAGACUCAGUCCAGACACAGGUGAACUGAAAACAUUAGCAACGCUUGAUCGUGAGCAAAAAUCUGUAUAUUUCCUUAUGGUAAAGGCUUCAGAUGCAGGAGGAAGAUUUUGCCAGUCUGAUAUUAUUCUGAAUAUAGAAGAUAUAAAUGAUAACCCUCCAGAGUUUACAGCAGAAACAUACUCCAUCACAGUGUUUGAAAACACUGAAUUGAACACUUUGCUGACAAGAGUUCAUGCUACUGAUUCAGAUGCAGGUUUAAAUCAGAAGAUUCAUUAUUCCCUGCUAGCACAUGUAGAUGGGCAGUUUUCUAUUGAUGAAUUAUCUGGGAUUGUUAAGUUAGAAAAGCCCUUAGACCGGGAGUUACAAGCAAUAUAUCAUUUAAUAUUGAAAGCUGAAGAUGAAGGUUCACCAAGGAAGCUGUCUUCUACUGCUACUCUGGUGGUUUCUGUUUUGGAUAUAAAUGACAAUCCCCCUGUCUUUGAGUAUAAAGAAUACAGUGCAACCAUCUCAGAAAACGCAAUAGUUGGGAUGGAAAUUCUUCAGGUCUAUGCUGCUAGUCGGGAUAUUGAAGCCAAUGCUGAAAUCACGUACUCCAUAGUGAGUGGAAACGAACAUGGAAAAUUCAGUAUCGAUUCAAAAACAGGUGGAAUUUUUAUUAUUGGAAGCCUUGAUUAUGAAAUUUCCCCUGAGCAUUUUCUGAUGGUGGAAGCCACAGAUGGAGGAACACCUUCGCUAAGUGAUGUUGUAACAGUGAAUAUAAACAUAACUGAUAUCAAUGAUAAUACUCCAGCAUUCAGUCAAGACACUUAUACAGCAGUAAUCAGUGAAGAUGCUGAGGUUGAACAAUCAGUCAUCACAAUUCUUGCAGCUGAUGCUGAUGGGCCUUUGAACAAUUGCAUUCGAUACUCUAUUAUAGAUGGCAACCAAGGAAAUCCUUUCACAAUUGAUACUACCUUGGGGGAAAUUAAAGUGGCUAAACCUCUUGACAGAGAGAAAAUUUCAGGUUACACUUUGACAGUUCAAGCAUCAGACAAUGGAUACCCACCAAGAAGUAACACAACUACAGUCAAUAUUGAUGUAUCUGAUAUAAAUGAUAAUCCACCCUUAUUUUCAAAGGAGAAUUAUAGCAUUAUUAUUCAGGAAAAUAAGCCAAUUGGAUAUAACAUUCAGCAGCUGGUGGUCACAGACAAAGACUCCUCCCAUAAUGGUCCACCAUUUCUUUUCACAAUUCUGAGUGGAAAUGAACUUAAUGCUUUUAAGAUCAACCAACAUGCUGUACUUACAACUGGUAUUCAACUACAGCGCAAAGUGAAGGAUCAUUACGUGCUCCAUAUUAAGGUGGCUGACAGUGGAAGGCCUCAGUUGUCUUCUAUGAGUUAUAUUGACAUUAAAGUCAUUGAGGAAAGUAUCCACCCUCCUGCAAUCCUGCCCUUAGAAAUCUUCAUCACAAUCUUUGGAGAAGAAUAUGGUGGUGGUGUCAUUGGAAAAGUGCAUGCAACAGACCAAGAUGUUUAUGACACUCUAACAUACAAACUGGAUCCCCAGAUGGAAUCUCUGUUCAGUGUUUCUAGCACUGGGGGGAAACUGAUUGCUCACAAAAGGUUAGAUGUAGGACAAUACCCCCUGAAUGUUACUGUUACAGAUGGGAAGUUUACCACUGCAGCUGUCAUUGAAGUACAUAUCAAACAGGUCACACAAGAAUUGCUGAAUCACAGCAUAACUUUUCAGUUUGGAAACCUUGCCCCAGAGGAAUUCAUUGGUGAUUAUUGGCGCAAUUUUCAAAGAGCUUUAAGGACUUCCUUGGGAGUUAGAAGAAAUGAUAUUCAUAUAAUCAGCUUGCAACCUUCCGAUCAUCCAUCAAAUCUUGAUGUACUGCUGUUUGUUGAAAAGGCUGCUAGUUCUCAGCAUUCAACCAGAGCCUUGCUCCACAAAAUAAAUUCCUCUGUGCCUGAUCUUGAAGAGAUCUCAGGUGUCCAAAUCCUUAAAGUUUUUCACAAACUCUGCUUGGGUUUGGAUUGCCCUUGGAAAUUUUGUAAUGAAAAAGUGAUGGUGGAUGAGAAAAUUAUGUCAACUCACAGCACGGCUAGACUGAGUUUUGUCACACCACAUCACCAUAGAAGUGCAGUCUGCCUUUGUAAAGAUGGAAGAUGCCCGCUCAUGAACAGUAUUUGUGAAAGAAAUCCAUGCCCUGAAGGUACUGAAUGCUUAGCUGACCUUCAGGAAGAGAAGUACACUUGUGUUUGUGAUGGAAGCACUGCCACCCAGUGCCCUGUUUCAGCUGCACAAGCAGUGACUUUUACUGGAAGCAGUUAUGUGAAGUAUCGCCUCAUAGAAAAUGAAAACAAAGAGGAAAUGAAACUGACGAUGAGGCUCAGAACCUAUUCUACUCAUGCAGUUGUCAUGUAUGCCCGAGGAACUGAUUACAGUAUUUUAGAGAUUCACCAUGGGAAACUUCAAUACAAAUUUGACUGUGGAAGCGGUCCUGGAAUUGUGUCUGUGCAGAGCAUUCAAAUUAGUGAUGGCCAGUGGCAUUCAGUGUCUCUUGAAGUGGAUGGAAACUAUGCUAAACUGAUUCUAGAUAGGGUGCACACUGCCUCUGGUAUUGCCCCUGGUACUCUCAGGACACUGAAUUUAGAUAACCAUGUAUUUUUUGGUGGUCACAUUCGACAGCAGAGUAUGAGACAUGGAAGGAGCCCACAGGUUAGCAAUGGUUUCAGAGGCUGUAUGGAUUCCAUUAUACUCAAUGGUCAAGAAUUGCCCCUGAAUAACAAACCUCGGAGUUAUGCUCAAAUGGAAGAAUCUGUGGAUGUAUCUCCUGGAUGUUUACUGGCAACUAUGGAGGAUUGUUCAAGCAGUCCAUGCCAGAAUGGAGGCAUUUGUAAUCCACUCCCCACUGGAGGUUAUUAUUGUAAGUGUGCAGCUGCAUUUAUGGGUACACACUGUGAAGUAAAUAUCAACCCAUGUGCUUCCAAUCCCUGCCUUUAUGGUGGCACUUGUAUUUCCAUCAAUGAUGAAUUCAUCUGCCAGUGCAGAGGGCUAUACACAGGUCAAAGGUGUCAGAUUGGUCCAUAUUGCAAAGACAACCCCUGUAAGAAUAAUGGCAAAUGUAUUGAUAGCUUAGAUGGCCCUGUUUGUGAAUGUGAGACUGGUUUUCAUGGUGAGAGGUGCCUAACUGAUGUUGAUGAAUGCAUAGAAAACCCAUGUCUGAAUGGCGCUCUGUGUGAGAAUACAUAUGGUGCUUAUAACUGUAACUGUAGUCAUGGAUUUGGAGGAAAACAUUGUGUUGAGGUCCUUAAUAAAUAUGUUUCAACUUCCUGGAACAUUGGCUUAGCUGAAGUAAUUGGAAUAAUCAUUUUCAUAGCAACUAUCUUAGUCCUAGUUGGGGUUUUCGUUUUCUGUCGCCGAAUGAUCAGAAAAAAGAGGAAAAGCCAGCCACAACCAGAAGACAAACAUCUGGGAACCACAACAGCUUUCUUGCAAAGACCAUACUUUGAUUCCAAACUGAAUAAGAACAUUUAUUCUGACAUUCCACCUCAGGUGCCUGUACGCCCCAUUUCAUAUACUCCAAGCAUUCCAAGUGACUCUAGAAACAACUUGGACAGAAAUUCUUUUGAAGGUUCCACUAUUCCAGAACAUCCAGAGUUUACUACUUUUAACCCUGACUCUGUACAUGGUCAUAGAAAAACAGUGGCUGUUUGCAGUGUAGCUCCUAAUUUGCCACCACCUCCUCCAUCCAAUUCUCCAUCAGACAGUGACUCAAUACAGAAACCCAGCUGGGACUUUGAUUAUGACACUAAAGUUGUGGAUCUUGAUUCCUGCCUGCCAAAGAAGCCUCUGGAAGAAAAGGAGUCUCAGCCUUACAGUGCUCGGGAAAGUAUGUCCGAGGUCCAGUCCCUCAGCUCAUUCCAGUCAGAAUCAUGUGAUGACAAUGCUUCCCUAGUGACUGUAAUACACCUUGUCAAUGCUGUUGUUGACUCGGUGGGAAAAGAAGAGUCUUUUGCUGUUCCUGACCUGGGCAAUUCAAGAGGCUAUCACUGGGAUACUUCUGACUGGAUGCCAAAUGUCCAACUGCCUGGCAUACAAGAAUAUCCAAAUUAUGAAGUUGUUGAAGAGACGGCACCUCUGUACACAGAUCCAAAUUCAAUUGAUGCUGACUAUUAUGCUGGAGGUUAUGACAUUGAAAGUGACUUUCCACCUCCACCAGAUGAUUUCCCUGUUCCUGAUGACCUCCCACCCUUGCCACCGGAAUAUAAUGAUCAGUUUGAUUCCGUACAGCAAUCCAGGGACAUAUCUGCUGUAGGUAGCUUAGAGUCUUCGGUGAGGAGCAGGCAAAGAUUCAAUCUCAACCAGUAUCUUCCCCAUCACUACCCUUCAGACAUUUCAGAAUCUCAGAACACAAUAAAUGGAAUCCCUACAAAUUUCCAAGAAACUUUUGCUCCUUACACUGUAGGCUAUAGCAGAGACCCUGUAGAGAACAUGUCCAUUUCUGCAUACGCUUCCACAGCUUCAUGCUCCGAUAUGUCAGCAUGCUGUGAAAUGGAGUCUGAGGUAAUGAUGAGUGACUGUGAAAGUGGGGAUGACAGCCAUUUUGAAGAUGUGAUCAUUCCUCCACUUGAUCCUCAGCAGCACACAGAAGUCUGAUACUCUUCCUAAAAAAAAAAAAAAAAAAGUGCCUGGAUGCUAAUGAACAAAAAAGAAAAAGGAUUGUAGAGAA